AAUCGCACUAUUUUUGAGUAAGCAAAGUCCAAAACUAAUAAGCAUAAUAGUGCAUGGCAGCAUGCAAUCAAAGGAAAAGAAAAACAAUGUGAGAGGAAAAUGUAGGCGGGUGAAAUACUUUACAAAUAGCUAAUCAAUGAUAUUGUUCAUACAACCAUGUAACUUCUACACAAGCUAAACUAUCUAUUUUGCACCAAAAAAAAAAACAAAAAACAAAUUUAAACCAGAGAUUAAGACCCUGUUUGGUAGCAUUUAUCAAGUUCUGAAAUUUUUGACAACAAGUUUUCCUUAAAAAUGGAAUAAACAGAGACACAUUCACAUAUUUGAGAAGCCAAACCAUCCAAAUCCAGAAAUUAUAACCUUUGCUCAAACAGGCUUCAAGUCUCUGAAGUAAUUCUCAAAGCCUUGUUCUUGAACCUAUACCUAGGAGCUCUGGGAAUGACCUGGCUCGGCCCGAAAUGAAACUGACCCGGGCCGUCAGUCAUGGGCGGGCCGUCGUCGUAGACAUGGCCGACGAGCAUCCCGCAGCCAACGCACUUGAUCCUGGUCCGCUUCCUCUGGAUGCCCCAGUAAUCCAGGGUCUCGAAGAAGGGUUUGAUCUUAUCCUCCUUCUCGAAGCUGAAUUUGGACGGAUCGACGGCGGAGAAGGAGAGGGUGCCUUUGUUUCCGGCCUCAAAGUAGAAAUCCGGUGGGAAGAGCUGAGCUGUGUGGAGGUUGAGAUUGGUUUCGCACUCUUUGCAGCAGUAGAUGGACGCCAUGGACGGUGGUGAGGGUUGAUUCGGGAGCGCCAAUUUGGGGUUUUAUUAUGCAGAGAAGACGAGAGAGAAUGUGGGUUUCGGGUCAACCGUUUAGAAUCGGAACUCCAAAGCCGUGUUUUCGCGAAGCGCUG